UCUGGACUGUUGACAUCUGACAUACGCUGCCACGAUUAUAACAAUAUACAAUGAUAGCCUACAUAGGAUUCUAAUAUAGCCCACCACACAUCUAGGUUAACAGUAACUGAACAAGAAUGACGGGUGACUGAAAGAUGGAAAUACUUAUAAAUAACGUGUUUUAAUUGGACGAAAUCAGCAGAGUAAGUAAAGUCGCCACCACACAAGCCAUUUGCCCGACUUCCUUAAUUAUUCUGAGAAGACUGGAAACUAUCCACGCUGAUUGCUGGUGCUGACACUCCCUCCCGGCUGCUCUCCUGCACUUUCCAGGCUAUUUCUCUCCAGCUGACAGACAUGGCGAGUAACCUCGUCUCAAAGAUAUUUCGUCCACCUGUGUUCACGAAGCUUGCGUCUCUCCGCUCGGGCUGCGUGUUUCGGGAGAAGGCGGCGGCGGGGUGGACCAGACGUUUCUCCAGCGAUCCGCCACCGGAUAACAUCAGCCGCUAUCCCAUACCUUACAUGAAGGACCUUCCUUAUGAUAUAGUGGAGCUUAUGGAGGAAGUUGAGUCAAAGGGGGGCUUUUUGCCCAAUGUCUUCAAAGUCCUCUCUCACAGACCAGCAGAGUUCAGAGCUUUCUUCGCAUACUACAAUGAACUAAUGAACAAAGAGACAGGCAGAUUAACCAAGGCAGACCGGGAGCUGAUUGUGGUGGCUACCAGUAUCCACAACAAGUGUCUUUACUGUGUGGUUUCCCACAGUGCACUGCACCGCAUCUACUCAAAGAAACCCACUCUUUCCGAUCAGGUCAUUGUAAACUAUGAGAAUGCAGAGCUGUCGUCCCGAGAGCGCGCCAUGCUGGACUUUGCGAUGUCUGUGUGUCGCUGCGACACCAUCACAGAGGAGCAUUUCCGGUCUUUGGAGGAAGUGGGCUUUGACCGUGAGGAUGCCUGGGACAUCGCUGCCAUUGCAGCUUUCUUUGCCAUGUCCAACCGUCUCGCCCACCUCACCGACAUGAGGCCAAAUUUAGAAUUUUAUAAUAUGGGCCGUGUACUGCGGGACAAGAGCAAGGACAGAGAGCAAGUGAAAAAGGAGUAGUGUUACAGACAAGACUAUCAGAGGUCAAAGGCCAAAUGUGACACUACAGUUAAAAGUGUCUCUGUUCUGCUUUUUUCCUUUUCUGUCUCCCUCUAAUGUGAACAAUCAGAUGUUUUCUAAUUGAUGUUGACAUGAGUUGCAGUAUCACAUUUACAGCUAUGCAACUAUAAAGCAACCAAAUUGGGACGCUAACACUGGAAUUAGUUAUACAGGCAUUUAUAAAUGAGAUGUUCUUCGCAAUUGAAGCCAUCCAGUUUGAACAUAGCCUGCAUAAUUGAUGAUUUUGUAAAGCUCCUUGAGUUUUCUUUAUAAUCCUUACAUGUGCAGAUGUAUAGUGUAUGGGAAUGACUCCGCCUACCUACUACCUUCCUGUGUGUUUGCUGUUGGGGCAGACAUGAUUUUAUUGGUGACAUAAAGGGUAACUUUGGUAUUUUUUAUUUUUUGUUUAUACAUGACUAAUUGGGACAACAUUUUUUUUCAAGGAGUUGCUGGUCUACAUCUUCCUCCGUCGAUUAGUUUUUAGUCAUUGUGUGAGUUUUUUGUUUUUACACGGAUCAAGGCAGCAGUAGACCAGAGAGGUAAAAUUACCAUUUUUGUUACGGGAGUCUGGUGGCUUUAACAAGAGCGAUAUAGCGACUGUUUCUGAUUAAACAAUAAGGAUCUUACCUUCUACUGUCUAAAAAGGUCUAUCUCUGUAGAGAUCCUUUCCAUAAUGUUGUCAGACACUUGAGCCUGUCAGCGGCAAAAACAAACACUUUAGUGGACACACUUUAACAGAGCGCAAUUGACCGCAAGGAUUAUGAUGCAGCGCACUUGCUCAAUACUAGACUAAUUUCAAAAAAUGUUGUCCGAAUUAAUUACAUAGACACAAAAAGAUGGGAAAAUGGGAUACUGAAAUACCAAAUGAAAUGGUCGGGCUUGUUACAGUCCUGCAACAGCCACAGAUACCAGAUUCUUUUCAUUUUUGUGUCGGAGCAUUUAUUUAUUGCUGUCGGGUUGUGAAGAGAAUGAAAGAACAAAUUUAACAAAAAUGCUUCUGAAAUAAAUUGCGUACCCCAGCUUUAACCUAAGUCAUUUGCCAUUGUGUCUAUCUGUUGUCAUUAUGUCUACUUAUUUGCCUUUUAGGAUUUUAGGUGGUUCUGUUUGAAAAUCAUUUUUGGGGCUAGUUGUUCAUUACAUUAACACAGUUUCAUAGUUGUCUUUUAACUCAUAUGAACAGGGUUGUUUUUUUUAUCUCCAUGUUCACAAGCUGAAGUGUUCUGUGUUAUGAUGUGUUGUUGAAUGCAUUUUUACUGCCCCUACCACCAAGAGUGCAAAUAGGCUACUUUACUGUUCACAACAAUGUAAGAUUGUGUUCUAAAGUUUUAAAAUUGCUUUUCUAUGCCUUCCCUUAUCUUCUAAAUAAACAAUAGUUUACUUGCUAA